AUGACCCUCUGCAACCCUGGCUUCCUCUCCAUGCGCGCUUCAGUAAAUCGCCAUUACAGCUACGAAUGCAAAGCGCAAGCUCAAGAACGACCAUACAUCUCUCGUCCCAGUCGCAGUCAACAACUUCUCAAUCCAAAACUCAAGCCAAAGCUCACCAACAUUGCGCCAACUCCUAUCUCGACCGAGAAAGAAGCAUCAAGCGCAAUUCGCAAAUCCACCCAAGAUAGGCCGCGCAAACGUUCACUAGACGAUAUGGACGACCACAGACCUUCGCGCAAACGCUCGCGCUCCACCGCGUCCUUCUCUUCGGCCUCCGUCUCAUCCAUCUCGACCCGUUCUCCUUCCCCCGAAAGAUCAAGAAUCAGACCUGCUGUAAAGCAAGAAAGAGAAUCCUCGGCCACGGGAGGAGCUGGAGACAAACGCACACGCCCUUCAAGCACGAUCUCAUCACCAGACCACAUGCAAUCGUACGAAGCCACCAGCCGUAAUACCCGCAUGCGAAGAAACUCAAGAAGUCCUUCUGAGCGUGGAAGAAGAAGAGGCAGGUCAGCAGAUACGGAAAGACGGAUGCGGUCCGCUUCCGACAGAAACACUCUCAAGGAUACUCGUGCUCCCACGCCUGUUCGACGAACCGACAAUGCCGAUAUUAAUACCACCCUGAGCCAACAUACCGAUACGCAGCGGGCCGAUUACAAACCCCACCAAGAUCAGGACCGUGAGAUGAAGGAUGUGUUUAGUGGAGGCAGGCCUGGGUCUCUCAGCCCUUUCAGCAAGAGGGUUGCCCUGACACAGUCUAUGAAUAGAUGA